AUGGGACCUCACCACCCAUCAAUGCACGGUGUUCUUCGACUCAUCCUUACUUUGGAUGGUGAAGAUGUUAUUGACUGUGAACCAAUAUUGGGUUAUUUACACAGAGGGAUGGAAAAAAUUGCAGAAACCCGAACAAUUAUACAAUAUCUACCUUAUGUAACAGGUUGGGAUUAUUUAGCUACUAUGUUUACAGAAGCAAUAACCGUAAAUGGGCCAGAAGAGUUGGGAAAUAUUCAAGUACCUAAAAGAGCCAGUUAUAUCAGAGUAAUUAUGUUGGAGUUGAGUCGUAUAGCUUCUCAUCUGUUAUGGCUUGGCCCUUUUAUGGCGGAUAUUGGGGCACAGACUCCCUUCUUCUAUAUUUUCAGAGAAAGAGAAUUAGUAUAUGAUCUAUUCGAAGCAGCCACCGGUGUUCUACCAGUGGCUUCCGGUGAUAUUCACGUUUGGCAUAUGCCUGCUCUAACCGAGAUUUUUGGAGAUGAUUCUGUCCUACAAUUCGGCGGAGGAACUUUGGGGCACCCUUGGGGUAAUGAAAUUAUCCGUGAAGCUAGUAAAUGGAGUCCUGAACUAGCUGCUGCUUGUGAAGUAUGGAAGGAGAUCAAAGUUGAAUUUGAGGCAAUGGAUACUUUGUAA